AUGUACAAAUUUCAGCAAGAAGUACUUAAGUAUCGAAGGCAACCGGUCUCAGUUGGUUAUUCUUAUGCAGGAUACAUCGAACGCCAAGCUAGACGUUACCCAAUCAUGAUGUAUACGCUUGUGCAGUGUGUCCCAUGCCAAAGAGCAAAACAUUUAUUAGCAGUAAGCUAUGCCGAUGUCCCAGCAUAUUUUUUAGAAUUUGUUGGCCAUGAAGAUUGGCAACGUCAGCUAUCUGUUGAUCUCAUCAGAUUAACGGGGCAGGAGACUUUUCCCUACAUAUUCAUAUGCGGACAAAAUAUUGGAGGUGAGAGUCUAAACAAGUGCACUUCUACACAUCAGUUGGUAUAG